GUCCGACGGCAGAUCGGGGUCUCGGGUGCCCCUGUCCUCAGGCGCUCGCGAUGGGCGCGGCGAGCCGGGUGUGCUCGGGCUACUACAGCCUCAACCACAGCUUCGUGGAGCCCUUCGAGUGUCCCCGGAGCGGCGAGGGGGCCGCCCUCCUCUACUGCUGCGGCUUCGCCGACCUCAAGUACUGCUGCAGCGAGCCGGGCAGCUACUUCCCCUACAAGCACAGCUACAUGUGGAGCCUCAGCAUCGGUGCCCUGGUUGGCCUGGGAACUGCUGCCCUUGUUCUGCUUGCCUUUGUCAUCAGCGUCUGUGUCCUCUGCUACCUAUUUCUGUAUACAAAGCCUCAAAGAUUAGACACUGGCCUUAAACUGCAACACCUAGAGGCUUCUUCCACUCGAGAAGGCAACCCGAACAGGAAAACCAAUGCCCCCAAUUCAAAUUCGACAAUUGAAACAUCCUAUGAAGCUGAUGACACGAAUCAAGAGCCGGCAGUGGAGACGACACACAUCAACACUGUGUAUAAUUAAAAAGCCUGUGCUGUAAAAGCUCCCUCGAGGGAUGGAGCAAAUAAAAACAAAGAAUGCAUUUCAAAUACAGUUCGUAAUAACACUUCUCAAAAAUUCAUCAUUCACAAAGCAAGACA